UGAACACUUGAAAAGUCUGUUUGAUUCAGAAAGUCAGACUCUAGAGUAUGAACUUCUGACAGACAUUUUCAAGUGUAGGCUUCAAGAGGGUGGCAACGUGUCUGAGCACGUCCUCAAAAUGAUUGGCUUAAUUGAAAGAGUUGCUACCACCGGAAUUAAGUUUGAGGAUCGUGUCUCAGCUGCUAUCAUCCUAUAUUCGCUUCCGAGUUCAUUUACUAACUUCAUUGUGAAUUAUAAAUUGAACAAAACGAAAGCGACCAUGCCUGAACUCCAUAACAUGCUCAAGUCUUAUGAAGUCUCAACCUCUAAAGGAAAGACUGUUCUUAUGGUAAGCUCUAAUGCUAAGUCUCGUUCUAAGAACAAGAAUAAGCAAAAGAAGAAAGGUAAGGUUGGACCUACUCCUACAGCUCUGAAGCCUAAAGGUGGAGGUCAUAUGAAGCCAAAGGUUGCAAAGGAUGUUUGCCUCUACUGCAAAGAGAUGGGGCAUUGGAAGAGAGAUUGUGAGCUGUAUAAGGCUAAUCUAGCCAAAGCACCGGGUGCUUCAAGCUCAGAAGCCUGAGAAGCAGUGUAACAGUUGGACUGGGUAAAAUUGACCUACGCGUGAAGGCUGGAGCAAAAGAUGCUGCUGAACGUGAUAGGAUCUUAUAGUUUAGAUUUGCCCAGUGGUUUUAGAUUAGAAUUAAAUAAUUGUUAUUUUAUUCCUUCUAUUACCAAGAAGAUUAUUUCCAUUCAAAUGUUAG